GCUUGCUUGUCCUUGAACCAUACUUUCAAUCUAAAUAGUUGUAUCGACGUGUUACUCAAACAACGCAUUCUUAAAACCUGAACAAACCCUUUUUACACCAUCUAUCCAUGCCAAUUGCUUCUCGGUCACUGCACAAAACCGCUACCCCACUUUUGAACCACAUCUCACCUGCUCGUCCUUCUUCUUCGUUCCCGAGGUCUGCCGCCUUUUCUCGGUCUCGCCACUUCGACCUAGGAAACAAAAUCGAGAAUCAGAGCAAUCGCCAUUACGCCACCAUGACGAACACAACAUUCAAGUAUAUUGACCCUUCCUCGUACUCAAAGAGCGAGAAGCCUUUCGAGAAACCGUGGGCCAAGGUAGACGGGCCAGGAUAUUCUUUCAAACUGCUAGAUACUCAACGGUCAGUGGAGAACAUCCGAGGACAAGAAGACAACUUCCACACCGACACAUCCGGCUUUGCAGUGUACAAUUACCCAGCCAAGGAAAAGGCGUUUGUUGAUGAUGCGACCGUGAGAAAUGAGUACUAUCCCGAGGUCGAACAGCUCCUGCGUGACAAACUACCGGGAAUCAAGAAGGUAGUGAUCUUCGACCAUACGAUCAGAAGACGCGAAAAGGCAUCUCCUCGACAGCCGGUGCAGCAGGUUCACGUUGACCAGACGCCGCAGGCCGCCGCAGUUCGCGUUCGUCGCCAUUUGCCAGCUGAUGAAGCCGAGGAACUGUUGAAAGGACGAUACCAGAUCAUCAACGUGUGGCGGCCGAUUCAGAACCCUGCUUCCGACUUUCCACUUGCUGUGAUCGACUGGCGGUCCACCAAACCUGAGGAUUUUGUCAAGGUCGACCUCCUCUAUCCAAAGCGAAGCGAAGACAACGACGAUGGCGAUGAUCGAGGCAAGGAGGUUCUGCCGGACCCCAACUCGGCGACUUCAACCGACGGGUAUGAGAUUAAAGGCGAGACAUAUGGUGUCCAGCCGAACGAGAAUCAUCGAUUCUUCUACUAUAAAGACAUGACUCCUGAUGAGGUUAUGUUUAUCAAGUGCUUUGACUCGUACAGCCAGGUCAAUGGUGGAAAGAAGGGUUUGGCCGACUCAACGCCACAUACCGCAUUUGUGGACCCUCAGACCCCUGCAGAUGCCCCUGGCAGACAGAGCAUUGAAGUGAGAACCUUGGUCUUCUAUGACUAGCCGUUAUAGAUUUGGAAUACAUGGGGGACUUGCGUUUGUUCAAAUGUCGAGAACAGUUGUUUGCAUUUCAGCGUGUGUCAUAUACUCUGCUUGCAUGAAUGUCUGUUUGUCAGAUGAUAUACUUCGUUUUUGAAAGAUCUGGUUCUCAAAUCUGACUCCUGUUGUUCAAGUACCAAUAUCUACUCAUCAUCUACUCUCAACACAACUUUGCCCGCUGUCUUACCACUCGCCAGGCGAUCGAACGCCUGCUGGUAUUCGUCAAAUUUCCAGACACUGUCAACCAAGGGCUUCACCUUGUUCGCUUCCACCAGAGCCGUGAUCUGCCCCAGUUGCUCUCCACUCGGAUGCAUAACGAAGAAUUCUCCACUAAUAGUCUCGCUGACACCCUUCGGCCGGUCGAUGACCCACUUCCACUGCAUAUCAGCUGGUGGGACGAUCGUGAGGAUUUUGCCUCCCUCCUUGACGGCAUGCCAGGCCUGCUCGAGCGCAGAUUGACCUAUACAGUCAAAGACCAAGUCGACUUUUCUACUUUCAGGAUCUUCCUCGAUCCAGGCCUGAAUGUUGGUUUGGCUGUAAUCAAGGACCUCAUCGGCUCCGAGACUCUUGACAAAGUCCAAAUUGCGAGUUCCUGCCGUAGCUAUAACGUGGAGACCGGCCAACUUCGCGAGCUGUGUGGCCCAGAUGCCGACAUUGCCUGAUGCCGCUGUGAUCAGUAUGCGAAUAUCCUUGGUCGAUGAUUUCGUCGAAGAGGGAGUAGGAGGAUCGAGCUCGAAUUGUCCAAAGAGGACCUGCCAGGCAGUCAAGGCACUGACCGGAAUGGUGGCAGCUUCCGUUAUGGAAAUAUUCUUAGGUCGUAAAGCAAUCUCAUCAUCACUGGUCAGGGUGUAGGCUCUGGCGGCGCCAGACUGGGGGUAUGUGACUCGGGCAUAUACUUCAUCGCCUGGCUGGAACGUGGAAGAUGUAGAAGGUGAAGUGACCACUGUUGCCACGAAUUCCACCCCGGGGCUGGACACAGUGAAUUGUUCGGGUCUCGGCCAGGAGAGCUCGCCCACAGUGAGACCAACAGCAUGUGAUUUGACCAGAUACUGAGUUGAAGAAGGUGAAGGCGUUGGGAUGGAACCGACACUGAGGGUCUGAGCUUUUAGAUCGUGCAGUAACGCACGAAUUGCAGUUGGGAUUUUGGUGGAUGCCAUUUUUGCACAAGCUGGGAUGAACACGGUUCACUCGAAGGGGGUCUCGUGAGGGUACUAUUUAUCGCUUUCGAAGAUGUUUCUGAUGAGAGCAGCUUGGAUAGCAUCAACGAAGAAAACCUACAGUCUUAUAGCAUUUUGGCAGUCUGCCUUCCUACCUUGCCCGAACGCCUUCAGGCAUGACAUCCGUGAUGCAUCUAUGUCUGUCCAAUUCGGUGACCAGAUCUCAGUCUGCUACAAGUGGAAUUCGAUUCCCCGCGAGGGAAUUGUUCUCAGAAUGCAAGCAGCGCUCAGAAUUUGGCACCUCCUCAAGACCAGAGGCCCAUGAAGACCCUGUGGGAGCGGUAGCCGCAAAGGGCAUUCGCAAGGAUCGGAUAUGAUACACCAAUGCAGAUAGACGAUUAGUCACAAACUCGGCUGGUAUUAAAGACAACCGCAGGCCGUCUUCUUCAAUGUUAUCUCGGUAUAGGUCUCGGUAUAGUUUUAAGGACGAGGGCCGACAAAGCACCCGUCUGUACCAGGAUGGUGCUCUCAAGGCAUGGCUGUGAAUGGCUGAUCACAACUUCCACCCCUGGAACUCGGGGAACAGGUAUCGGGGACUGACGUAUUCAGCGGUUGUAAGGCGUACCGCCAUCUGCGCUGGCCCGCUGGGCUUCUCCGAGGAGUGAGGAGUGAGGAGUGAGGAGGGCUUGCGCCACAUUUGGGGCUUCGGGUGUCUGUGGAAGUCAUAGAGUAGCAUAGCACCUCCCAUCAACAUUGCUGCCUUGAACGUGCUUAAACGAACAAUUGAUAGGACAAUAUGAGACCAAGUCUUGUGUAGAGAGGAUGAGUCACAAAAGACUGUCCUCUUCUCUUGGGUCGACGUAUCGUGUCUCUGUCAGGCAGGUGUAACCUUUGAUGAAGAUCUCUCUUUCCAUAUUGGCCAAUGUUACAUU